AUGUCGCUUUUUAUCCGCAUUACCAACAGCAGAAUGAACAACAACGAUAAGCUUUCCAAGCUCCAAGCUCAGGUCCGUAUUGGUGGCAAGGGUACUCCCCGUCGUAAGAUGAAGAAGACCACCAAGUCCUCUGCUGGUGCUGAUGACCGCAAGCUCCAAAGUGCUCUUCAAAAGCUUGGUGUUCAACCCCUUGGUGGCAUUGAGGAAGUCAACAUGUUCAAGGAGGAUGGCAAGGUUAUCCACUUUGGUGCUCCCCGUGUCCAAGCUGCUGUUAACUCUAACACUUUUGCCAUCCAUGGCCGCUCUGUUGAGAAGGAGUUGACCGAGUUGGUUCCUGGUAUUUUGAGCCAAUUGGGUCCUGACUCUUUGGCCAGCUUGCGCAAGCUUGCUGAGGCUUACACUGCUGCUCAAGGUGGUGCUGGUGCCGCCGCUGAGGGUGAUGAUGAUGAUGAGAUCCCUGAUUUGGUCGAGAGCUUCGAUAAGGCUGAAAUCCAAGAAGAGAAGAAGGAGGAAGAAAACAAGACUGAGGGUGAGACCAAGGCCUAA